CGGACUUUGGAUUAAGCAAGCGUAUUGGAGAUAAUUCUAUAACAGAAGUAUUUGGCAUAGUUCCAUAUAUUGAUCCAGUUAGAUUUAGUGAUGCAAAAAAUAAAAUUUCAUCGGGAAAGUCUCUCAUAUCAAAAAAGGUUGAACUGCAAAAUACACCUGAAGGAUAUUCUAACCUUUACAUAAGUAAUGAAAGGCCAAAGAUUCAAGAAGUUGUUAAAAUUUUAAAAGCAAUGAUUUCCUCAUCAGAUUCAAAAUAUACUCAAGAAAUUAUUAUACGUGUUGAUUUAGGGGGAGAUAAAAAUGAUAUUAAUUCUAGUGAAAAACAAGGAUCCAGUUCAAAUGAGAUGAUAACGACAGAAUUGUCUAAUGUCAUUAAAACUUUCCACCAAAGAGAUUUAAAAUUUUCUUCGGCAAGCGAAUCACCGCCAAAUUCAACCCCAGAUGUAGACAAAGAAAAUGAUGUAACUGAGAUGAACGAGACAGACGAUCCUAUAGCGCAAACAGAUUCCACCGCUGACCUAAUUAGGGAUAUGGUUGAUAUUCUUAACGACGUUGCGGAUAUAUACAAGACGGCUCUACAUUGUAAAAAUAUAACCAGAAUUUUGAUGGAACGUAUUUCUGCUGCAGUUUCUGCAGUAAUUUUACAAAGUAGUGAAGAUUUAUUAAAAGAUCAUAUCGGUUUACAUAAAUUAAUUCAAACUCUUAAUAAAAUGAAAAUAUAUAUUGACGAAAUAACACAAUAUGACAUUGUUCUACAAUUUCUAGAGGAUAAAUCAAUCGAAAACAAGUUUAAAGAUUUAUGUAAAGAGUAUGAUGAUCGUAAUGAUGUAUUAUCAUUCGCGAUUGAGUUGAAGACUAAUGCAGAAAAAGAAGAUAAAGUUUUGGAAGGUGACGUUAAGGAACUGUUAAAGUUUCAAAAAACAUUUGAAGAAAGUAUAAGAAUAUGA